UGUUUACCGGAGUCCCUGUGGGGGUCUGUGCGGGCGGCACCACCCGCUGGACGGGCGACCUCAGUGGCAGACGGCGCGGCGACCGGGCAGCACCGGUCCCAUGCAGAGGACGCACACGGGACGCACAGCUCCAACAGCAAUCGCAUCUGAGACGCUUGACAAAUCUACAGACCCGAAAAGGCGGGUCAAGGAGGACGUUUAAGACCGCUGAUCCUCACCUAAGAUAGCCACCAUGCCUAUGAGUGCAUUGGCCGGUCUCGCCCGCUUCAUCAAGGGCAAGGGUGCUGGCGGGGUGCACAUCGACAAUCGCCUCUUCCAGCUGCACUAUCGCGUGACCACUACCAUCUUCCUUGGAGCGUCAGCGCUGCUGUGCACCUCGAGUCUGUUCGGCAGCCCGGUGAACUGCCACCACUCGGACCCGGACCGUAUUUCCAAGGACGUCAUCAACACGUACUGCUGGGUGACGUCAACGUACACGCUGCCGCACCAGCUGGCCAAGGGAGACAAGUACCCGUUCAGUGACAUUCCGUUCCAGGGAGUGGGAACACACAGCGCCACCGACGAGAAAAAGUACCACGGCUACUACCAGUGGGUGGCGUUCGUGCUCUUCCUGCAGGGGAUGGCGUUCUACGUGCCGCACUGGCUGUGGCGCGUGGCCGAGGGUCGCCGGCUGUCCUCGCUGCUCCAGCAGACCAGCGUGCCUGUCCUUGACGCCGAGGACCGCGCGCGGCGCCUAUCCAACACGGUCCAGUACCUCCAGGCGUCGCUUGGCUCCUACAACGGCUACUUCUACCGCUACUGCGCCUGCGAGCUGCUCAACUGCAUCAACGUGGUGGCCAACAUCUUCAUCACAGACCGGUUCCUGAACGGCGACUUCUUGUCGUACGGGCCUCGCGCGCUCGCCUACUUCUCGGGUCGCUACGGCAACCGUGCCAGUCCGAUGACCGAGACGUUCCCGAAGCUGACCAAGUGCAACUUCCAGCUGGUGGGCAGCUCAGGCUCGGUGCAGUCGAUCGACUCCAUCUGCGUCAUGGCGCUCAACAUCCUCAACGAGAAGGUGUACCUGCUGCUGUGGUUUUGGCUGCUGACGCUGGCGCUGGUCAGCGCUCUGGCCUUCGUCUGGCGUCUGGUGAUGAUGUCGGCCACCGCCCUGCGCGUGCCCAUGCUGAAGAGGAGCACCGAGCUGGUGAACCCCCGCGACCUGGAGGAUGUCGCCCAGCGCGUCCGGCUCGGAGACUUCUUCCUCUUCUGUAUGAUGGCCAAGAACAUGGACGCGGUGGCGUUCAGCCAGCUGAUGGCCGAGCUGUCGCACACGCUCACCAAGAAGCCGGCCGGCGAGGGCACCAUCCCGCGCGCGCCGCCCAUCGAGCACACCCCCGGACAAACGCUGGUCAAGCGCAACGUGUCGCACACAGCCGACGCCAACUGAGCGGAUGUGACGUCCGGACAGAGAAACGAUCAUGAAGCAUACCGAACAUGACUCGCUGGAUGGCAAGAGUUGGACGCAAUGAAUGGAGCGAGCUGCUUUUGCUGUGUGUUCCGAGCUGAAGUCACUGAUUUGACCCCGAACUGAGCUCCCUCGGCGGUUGAGGUGGAACUGCUUGAGAGUUGGGCACGGCCACGCUUAGUCGCUGACAGCUGCUUGGUGUUUUUCUUGGACAAGUAUCAGUGUGUACAUUAUUAGACUUAUUCUAUACAUAAGUGUGACGUGCAAAGCAUUAAUAGUUGGACCAUAUCUGAUUGGAUAAAGGCUUCGUGGGCUUCCAAGCGUUUUAAUUUAAGAUAAUGUCGGGUGGCAAUAAGUGGCAAGUGAUUUCAUAGUAUUGUGAAAUAUUGUUGACGCUUAUUGCUCACCUGGCUUAGAGUAAGGUAUGUCAAAUUGGACCAAAGAAUGGUCAACGGGUAGACUCGUCGGUCGGUGAGCUAACCGAACCAGCUCUAAUCCCAUUGUAAGCAGGAUUUUCUACGCACAGCAACUAAACAGGGCUGUGCUUGGGUGCUAAGGACGCUCGCCAAUGGGAUUCCGUAAGAGUACAUUGCUAAGAAUAUGGAUAAACCCGCUUUGGACCAAGUUGGAACUAAGUGGUAAAUUGACCAUGUGUUGUUAUAUAUGAUUAUAUGUUAAGAUAUUGCGCUAAGGGCAAACUAUCGUCAUCGGCCGGGCAUCUUGCGGUAUAACUAUGUGAUAAAUGUACGUGAAUGCUGCUGCUGUGGCGUCUGUUAUUAUUCAUAAGUGGUAAACCAAGCCUCAGGGUGCCUGUCAUGUCGUUAACAUAGGUAUAGAUAUACGAUAAGAUUAACUAAUACUGCAUGCUAUAUCUCGGUAACUAUUCGUAUUUGCUAGCUAAGGUACCAUGAAGCACACUCGCAUGGCUUUUGCUCUGUGGAAAAUAUGCAUAAUGUGUGUUAUGCUUCUUUUUACUAAUGAGAGUGAGUUGGUUGAAUGUCGGACGCCCGUUCAAAAAAUAAAUAUUAUUGAUCAAG